GCAACACUUCCGCGUUGUCAUGUUGGUCCUCGCAGAUCAGAUGCAGGGAUCAUUCGGCUUCUCAUCAAUUGCAGGGCAGUGGAUAGAAAGUCAUCGUGAUGCUGAACCCUGUGAUUUCCAAGCUGGCCGGUAAACUGGUGGUGCUGGCCAGCGCCUCUCCAAGGAGGCUGGAGAUCCUCCGCAAUGUGGGCUUACGGUUUGAGGUGGUACCGUCCUGGUUCAAAGAAACCCUCGACAAGAGACUUUUCAAAGCACCUUAUGAGUAUGCUGUUGAGACAGCCAAGCAAAAGGCUCUGGAGGUAGCCAAGAGGAUGCCCUGUAAACACCUGAAAACUCCGGACAUUGUAAUUGGAGCUGACACUAUCGUGACUGUAGAUGGUUUGAUUCUAGAGAAGCCAGUGGAUAAACACGAUGCCUAUGAGAUGCUGUCAAGGUUAAGUGGUAAAGAGCACAGUGUUUUCACUGGAGUAGCUAUUGUUCUCUGCCACGAGAAAGAAAACCAAGAGAUCGACUACCAGAUGAUUGACUUCUAUGAAGAAACAAAGGUGAAGUUUGCUGAUCUGUCAGAAGAUAUGCUUUGGGAGUACAUCAAUAGUGGUGAACCUAUGGACAAGGCGGGUGGCUAUGGUAUCCAGGCUCUGGGGGGAAUGCUGGUGGAAUCCGUCCAUGGAGACUUCCUGAAUGUGGUGGGAUUCCCUCUCAACCACUUCUGUAAGCAGCUGGACUUCAUUUACAACCACCUGCCCUCCUCCAUGGACCCAGAGAAAGACUCUGGCAGCCCGAGCCACAACGGCACUCACACCGCCCCGACACUCACCGACCCACCUGCCAGCCUCACAAACCAAUCAAAUCACAGUCCAGCAGCUAGCUGUUCAGCCAAUCGCAGCUCACCAGCAAGUCCACGACCUAGCUGCCCUCCCGCCAAACACACGCACCACAAAUCUCUGGACAACCACACCCACAAGGUGAAAAGGAAAGGCGAUGAGAGUGGAGUUGGCAACUGUUCCUGGACAGAUAUAAACAGUCUGUCUAAACAAUCAGAUGGCAAAGAAACAGGGCUCCAGAUCUUCGAUAAUACAACGACACCGCUGGCAAAUGAACUUAAAGCGAGGGAGACUGGGGCCAGUGUUGAUGACGACGAGGACUUAAAGGCAGUAGUCAAGCUAAUGGACGGAUUUAAAGCCUCAAAGGCUUUGUUUGUUGCCUCCAAGCUACAUGUGUUUGACCUGCUGCACAGCCGAGCGGGGCGGGAUGCUGCAGAGAUGGCUCAGGAGAUGAAGGCCUCAGUGAGGGGGACCGAACGCCUGCUGGAUGCCUGUUUGUCACUGGGACUGUUGAGACGUCAGGAGAGAGCACACCAGACACCGACGUAUGAGAAUACACGUCUCGCCUGGCGGUUCUUGCGGUCUGAGGCCCCCGAGUCUCUGCAGGGUUACAUCCAACACUGUAAUGAGACACUGUGGCCCCUCUUCUCCCACCUGGAGAAGGCCGUCAUGGAGGGAACCAGCCAGCAUGAGAAGGCCUUCGGCAACAAAUCGAACAAUCUGUUUCAGGAUGCCUAUUAUAACAGGCAUGAAGUUAAACUGAGAUUCAUGAAUGCCAUGCACGGCAUUGCCAGGGUGACAGGGAAAGCCGUGGCGACAGCAUUUGACCUCUCCAGAUUUCAAAGCGCUUGUGACCUUGGAGGAUGUACUGGUGCCAUCGCCCAUGAGUUAACCAAAGCCCACCCCGGGUUAUCUGUGACGGUGUUUGACCUACUAGAAGUUGUGGAAAUGAGCGGUCACUUCCGCCCGCCGGACGCUGAUGACAGGGUGUCAUUUGUUGCUGGAGACUUCUUUAUAGACGAGUUGCCCAAAGCAGACUUGUACAUCCUGGCAAGAAUCCUCCAUGACUGGUCGGAUGAGAAAGUGCAUUCCUUGCUGAGCAAAAUUUCAGAUGCUUGCGCACCAGGAUGUGGACUCUUGGUUAGUGAGAUCUUCCUGGAUGAAGACAGACGUGGCCCCAGCCGGGGUCUCCUCCAGGCCCUCGGCAUGAGUGAGGGGAAACAGAGGUCUGCUGCGGAGUACUGUGCCCUCCUGGGGAGCCACGGCUUCAUCAGCAUGCGUGCCACACACACCGGAAACCUUCUGGAUGCCAUACUCUGCAUCAAAGAGCAUCAAGAUGACCCCGAUAAGAUGUUGUGAUCUAUAUCAUAGACAAACCUUCAAAACCAAGACUGAUUCUGACUCUAUUUAUCGUCUUCAAACCAUUUGAGAUGAUAUGAAUGAUUCUUCUUGUAGACAGUUGUUCUUGUUGUCACUGGUUAAAUCAAUUCUUUGACAUUUAUGGUGAAUGUGAUUAACAUUUAUCCAGAAUUUGUAUAGAGCUGUUUCUACGUUGUCCUCUUCUUUCAGCACUUCUGCCUGUGCUGGUUGAUGUUUCGACAGUUGAAUGUAAUUGUGAUUGUUCUGUAAAGACAAUGAUAUUCCUAUUGGAAAAAAAAUAAAUUUUGCAGUUUAAUUUA